AUGCCAAAGUCCAAUACCAACGACUCCCCGCCUCGCUCCACCGCCAAUCCAAAACCUCCAUCUGAGGUCUCUACGCGUAUGACCGACGUCGCUCUUCGAAAGAAGAAGAAUGCCGAUGCUCAGGCUGCCUUUCGUGCCAGGCGUGCAAAUUAUAUCGCCACUCUUGAGGAGACAGUCACAAACUUGGAAUCCGUCGUUCUCCAAGUUCAGGAAGCAUCGCGCGACCUUCAGAAUUUGAAUGCCGAACUACGACAGGAAAACAUUCGUCUUCGUGUAGAAUCCCGGGAACGCGAAAAGUUCUGGCGAGCUCUAUUUCAAACGCGAAAAUCAGGCCGUGUGGAUGAUCUGCCUGCCCUACCAUCGUUAUCGUCGCCAUUUCUGGCGCAAGCUCAACUUUCCGAUUUGUCUGCUCAUCCACCAGGUCCUGCCCCAGUUGUAGUGCAUACGCAAUAUGGAGGUGGGCAGAUAACAUACAGAGGCGAAUCGGAUGCAAGCCAGGGACACUAUAGCAGCCCAGCAAGUGGAAAUGGGGCUAAUUUUAACAAUCAGUCACCAACAAUCCCAUUCCCAAAUACCACUGAAAUGGCUGCAGACGGAUCAUCUGCGUCGCACCUCAAUGCCCGUGGCACUAAGUAUCCACCGGCGCACCCAUAUCCCCUCUCGAGAGAUGCCCGCUGGCAGGCCUCACCUCCAAUAGUUCCCGGAGGGGAAUCUGGUACACCUCCACAUUCACAAUCUCCCGUUUAUGUUCACUCUCCUACCCUCACCGCUACUUCAGAUAUGAUUACCUAUCCUGGACGGUUUAACGGCGACGAGCAGAAGGGUGCCCUGAACUCUGUGUUGGAGAAUGCGCCCUACGUGUUUCCCAAUGGCGAUCGAUUUCACCAAAGCGUCGGGGACACUCUGCCAAAUAGUCGGUCAUUGUCACCAACAGCUUCUACCCCAAGUUCAUCUACAUCUAUUCCUAUGACGUCAUCUUUUCCUUUCAGUUUUCAUGAACAGCCCUCUGGACAAGAUCGUACAGGUUUUGAUUACCGGAGACAUUCUCUUCCCCACUGCCCAGAGGUGACCCUCCACGGCGGCACUGCCGACAUCUCUCUCACGGGUCAGACUUCUGAUCCAGUACGUUAUCGAACCAGCCGACGACCUGAGACCACCGCCGAGUACCCGCCGAUAAUCCCUGCAAAUGAUAAUGAACUCGAUCUACCCAGCAGCGAUGGUGACAUCCCUUUUACAAACGAGCAUCUUCGGACACGUCGUAAUACCGCUCAUUCCCAUCCUCAACCAGAACCAUCGUCUCCUGGACCUACGCCAAUCUCAUGCACCGUGGCUGUUAUCAAAGCUCACGCUUUCGGGGCUUUGCGUAGAACGCGAGCGAGGGGCAAAAAAUCCUCCCAAGGGGCCGCUAAAGUUGCAAUGGACGUGCUAGAAGCUAGAGGAAUCAGUGUGCCUACUGGCUCCAAGAGACCCCGUUUAGAAGAAGAUGACUUUGACGUCGAAACACCAUAA